GUAGAUAAAAAUGUAAAAAUAGCAUUAUCCUUAAUUCUAUCCUUUUUAUCUGUCUGUGUUGUCCUAAAAGUGAUUGAAUAUACAAGUUAGCAAGUCCAUCUAUCUCAUCCGAGUGAGUGAGGCAACCAAGCCCAACCAGUGUGCCCAUCGAUCCAACACACACACGCACAGAUGCUUCUGCAGAGCACCGCCUUCACUUCACCCUGCCAAGCCACCACUGUCAUUAGCAAGUACAACAAGCAGCUGAGGAAUCUGAAUCCCAACAAUUCCAAAUCCCUCUUUCCAGAUCUUGGGAGAAAGGGAUUCUCCUUGUCCAAGGCCAAGACCAAAACCAAGAUCAUCUCCACUACAACGCAUGCUUCUUUGAUCGAGACCCCUGUCCUCUGGGCUGGCAGGCUUUGCAUCUUCUAUGCCCUCCUCAAGGCUGGUUUGGCUGGAUCUCCGGCAAACCCACUUGUCUCAGACUUAGAAACAACCAGGGCUCAUGAUUUAGGCUUCUCCAAAUGGAUCGAAGGGUUCCAGAGCAAACCAGGUUCGUGGGUUUCUGGAUUUUGCGAGAAGGAAGCAGCUGACAAACGGAAAUUAGUAAGCAAAUGGCAUCCCACAACAAAGGGUACAUUGAGGCGAAACUAUAGAGUACCUUCGAAAUCUGAAGGGAAACGCCUCCUUAAAUCCAUUGCAUCUUUGUUAUCAGACGACGAUCAAUUCAGAGAUGCAACAUCCCACAAGGGUUGCCGGAUUAGGAGGGAGAGCGCUCACGGAGAGAGCGUGUGUUGUAACAACGUGAGAGCUUUGUUUGACGAGCUCCCGACUCCACACUUGGUUGUGGAAAUCACGCCUUUCCCUGCUGGUCCUCUCACAGAAAAGGAUUAUGCCAAGGCCCAGAAACUAGAGAGGGUGCUCAGAACUGCUCCAUCUGUUUGAAUUUUGCUAUCCAUCCAUCUGUCUGUAAUGUAUAUAUAUAUAUGGCAGCAGCAUAACAUGAGGAACAGGGGGACGGACCCUGUAUUGUAUGUGUACAAUAACAGCAUGGAUACAUGAUGAGAAAUUAUUAUUAUUAUUAUUAUUAUUAUUAUUAUUUA